AUUACAACAAGACUCCGUUAAUGGAAGCCUAUCAUCAUGAAAUAAUUAAUAUGCUUUUAAAGAAAGGCUGUGGCGUCAACCUAAAAACGGAUACAACAGCUCUUAUUAACUUAUUGUCGAACGAAUACAUCAGAAACCUCAAGGAGAAAUUUCACUUAGUCAGUCCACAUGAAACCAGUGACGUACGAGUUUUUCUUUAUCUUGAGGAGAUUAUGUCUAGCCUUUUGAAAUACGGUGCGAAUGUCAACGCGAGUAACGACGACGGCAACACUGCCCUGAUGGUAGGAUCAGUCCUAGAAGGGGCUCAAGGGAUCCUCAAAUUGUUAGUAGACAACGGUGCCGACAUCAACAGCCGGGAUGCAUUCGGAAGAUAUGCCGCUCUUCACCAGGCCGUAUAUUCUGGUCGUAAAGAAAAUGUUAAGAUACUACUUGAGUCAGGCGCUGAUGUCAAUCUGAGAGACGGGGACGACUCAACUGCCAUACAUUUAGCCGUAAAAUUGUAUGGCGCAAGUGAAAGCCUAAACAUUCUUUUGGAGCAUGGCGCCGACGUUAAUGACGAAGACAACGAAGGAAAUACCCCUUUAAUGGUACACCCAGCGGUAUAUUAUAGCACCGAAAAUGUCAUCAGGACAUUAGUCCAGGCAGGUAGCAGUGUCAAUCAUCGAAAUAAAUCUGGCAUGACAGUGUUAAUGAUGUUUGCAAACGAAUGUGACAAGGACAUUUUGAAAGUUUUAUUAGACUUCGGCGCGGAUAUUAACGCUGAAGUCUCUGACAGUGUUGGUAAGAAAACUGCCUUGUCAAUUCUUCUGGCUGAAAAAUAUUUACCUGGACGAGAUGAUUGUUUGGAGGCAGCUGAAUUUAUGCUUGACCAUGGCGCAACGGCUCGUCAUGUCAAUCCAAGCAUCAUUCACCGAGCCAUUGCCAACAGUCAUGAAAAAUUUGUGCAAAAAUUGAUCCAAGGGGGAGUGGCUCCUCAGGAUAUUUAUCUGGAAAGUGAUCACAUUUGGCCAACAGGAGUUGUGUCUCCAUUGAGUAUUGCUCUGUAUACGAAUAAAGUGAGACUCGCUCGUCAUUUUAUAGACAAUUGGUAUCUUACCAAAUCUGAUAUAUGUAAUCUCUCAAGGAAUGAGUCAAUCAUAUUUUUCAUGGAUUUGAAUCGUAACACUGAGUGUUCAACUUUACUAAAUGAAAUUCACCCGCUGUCCUUGACCUUGCUCAGCUUUAUCACCGUGUCCACUUUCAUUGGUCUCGGCCCUGACAGAGCAGAGAGAAUCGAAGAGACUCAACUUCCGUGGGUGUUUAAAGACCGGUUACUCUUC